AUGGGCGCGUUAUCUCAAGCCAAGGCGUUCUACGCUGGUGAGCACAGUGGGGGUGGGGUGGGCACGCCACCCCUCACCCCGCCAAGAGGCACACUGGUGGUGUCCACUUGUGAGGACCCUCAGAACCGCCUUCUCUUUGACCUCCCGUGCACCCCGCCAGUCCCCUCGGCGCUCACGCCGGUGCUCUACCCCACUGCGGCCGCCCAGCUGGGCGGAGCAGCCAAGGGAGGCGCCACUGUCUCUGUCUCCUCCACCAAUGCUCUCGCCAAGAUCAACUACCUCAUCAUCGUACUCAACCCCACUCAACCCCUCCGGUUGGUCAAGGUCUCCCUCUCACCCCCCUCCUCCGCCUCUCCCUCCACCUCCUCCUCAACCUCCUCCACCUCCUCCUCCACCUCCCCUCUCUCCCUCGCCUGCACAUGGGUCGCCCCACUCCCCUCGGUGUGGGUCUGCCGAGGAACAGCCAUGGCGGCGCAGGUCUCCCCAGCAGCCAAGGCGGUGGCAGCGCUGCCAGCACUACCUGCAGGGGCGAGGAGUGCAUGUGUGGUUGGAGUGAGGGUGGGAGGGGGGGUCGCUGCAACCCAAGCGGCACAGGGGGCGUUGGUGCGAGUGGACUUUUAA